AUGAAUCAACACCACCAUUACAACUUUUUCCAUCCAAAGCUUUACAAACAAGUUGGAAUUUUCCUUGCCUCUUCAAUCUUUUCAAUUGGAGUUUACAAACUUGUUGGUACCAUGCCUAAAACCAAUGUAUUCUCCACUGAUGAAUCAAGAGAUGAAUUAAUUCGUUAUCGUCAACAAUCAAUUCUUCCAGGCGAAAACUCCUUGAUGGAAGUUCUUAAUUAUGCACCAGUUGUCUAUGAUAAAGUUCCUAAAUUUGAUAAAAGAGAUGAAGUAAAUGAAAAUCCAUUUUACAAUUAUCAAAAACAUUGA